AGAGAGAGAGAGAGAGAGAGAGAGAGAGGCUCGCACGCAGCUCAACAUCAUCAGUCGCAAUAACGGCUUAAUCAUUCCUCACCGUGGACGACCGACACCAAGCGCUAUAACCUCACCAUCUGAAACACUUCAUUAGACAAACACGCAUUUACAAAACGACACUUUUAUCGUGCUAGUGAUUUUUGGUGGAUUUUAAUAAGUGUGAAGUGGCGAAGUCCACCCCGGCGGCUCAACACCUUCCGUCACGCAGGACAAACUUCACCGGGCGCACAUCAUACAAACCAUGAAGUACAGCUACUGGAAUCUUUGAAUUGAGUGGAGCAAGUCGAGAGAAGAAAGUCUGGUUUGAAGAAGCGCAAGACAAAAAAGAGGGACAAAAAGCAUAAAGUUCAUUGGUGAAAAAGAGAGAGAAGAAAAGACGGGGACAAUGGGGAGAAAAAAGAUUCAGAUCACACGGAUUAUGGAUGAACGCAACAGACAGGUGACGUUUACAAAGAGAAAGUUUGGCCUGAUGAAGAAAGCUUAUGAGCUGAGCGUGCUGUGUGACUGUGAGAUCGCCCUCAUCAUUUUCAACAGUACCAACAAGCUGUUCCAAUAUGCCAGCACAGACAUGGACAAAGUGUUGCUCAAAUACACAGAAUACAAUGAGCCACAUGAGAGCAGGACCAACUCUGACAUUGUGGAGACAUUAAGAAAGAAGGGUCUAAAUGGCUGUGACAGCCCUGACCCCGAUGCAGACGACUCAGUGGGCCACAGCCCAGAGUCAGAGGACAAGUACCGUAAAAUCAACGACGACAUUGAUCUGCAUAUGAUCAGCAGACAGAGGCUUUGUGCUGUGCCCUCUUCCAACUAUGAGAUGCCCAUUCCCGUGAAUAACCAGAUCUACCCUGGUAACCAUAACCUGCUUCCCUUGGCCCACCAUGGCCUACAGAGAAACAACAUGUCACCCGGAGUCACGCACAGACCUCCUAGUGCAGGUGGUCUGAUGGGAGCUGAUCUCUCCACUGGCGCGGGCACCAGUGCUGGUAAGGACGGCAUCCCCUCAUACUACAGAAAUGGCUAUGGAAACCACCGUAACUCUCCUGGACUGCUGGUGUCCUCUGGAGGCAUGAACAAGAGCAUGCAGGCCAAGUCCCCUCCGCCGGUUAACCUGGGCAUGAACAGCCGUAAGCCUGACCUGCGUGUGCUCAUCCCACCUGGCGCCAAGAACAACAUGCCUUCAAUUAAUCAGAGAAUAAACAACUCUCAGUCUGCACAGUCACUGGCAACUCCUGUGGUUUCUGUAGCGACACCCACUCUACCAGGGCAGGGAAUGGGCGGCUACCCCUCAGCCAUUUCCACCUCAUAUGGUACUGAAUAUUCUCUGAGCAGUGCGGAUCUGUCCUCUAUAUCUGGCUUUAACAGUGCUAACACGCUGCAUCUGGGCUCAAUGAGUGGAUGGCAACAACAUCAGAUACAGAACAUGCAUCACUCUGCUCUCAGUCAACUGGGAAAUUGCUCUAGCACUCACUUAUGUCAGGGUUCAAAUCUCUCCCUGCCCUCUACUCAAAGCCUGCACAUCAAGUCCGAACCUGUUUCUCCUCCUAGAGAUCGCUCCAGCAGCGGCACGCCCGCCGGCUACGGCCCGCUACAGUCCCACCAGCAGCACCAGGGCCCACCCCCACAGGGGCUACAGGACUCGGGCCGCUCCCCGGCUGACAGUCUCAGCAGCUGUGGCAGCUCACAUGAGGGUAGCGAUCGCGAUGAGCACCGUCCCGACUUCCAUUCGCCCCUGGGAUUGGGCCGACCCGGCCUAGACGAGCAAGACAGCCCAUCCAUCAAGCGAGUCCGCCUUUUUUAGAGGGGUUGGCCACAUGAUAUGCGACGCCCCUGGAAAGCCCCAUCCUUGAUCUUGACCUCCCCGAUGUGGUUCCAUGGCACCACCUCACUCUCUAUUUCUUUCUGCCGCUGACGAGUCACAAUCAUUACUCCCACUUAUUUUCUGUUUUGCUGUUGAGAGGGGAAGAAGUGCUCUCUAAAUUACCUGUAAAUUUUUUUUAUUAUUUUUUAUCAGAGUGUGUCUCAUAUACAUAUUUUGAUUGACGGGUCUAUGGGAGGGAAAAGGGAAGAAGAACUCUAGUACAACAGGGUUGGGGAGGGCUUAGUGGGCGGGGUUACUAUGCAUAACUUGUGCAUUGUGUGGAAUAAAAUGUAAAGAAUUACCAUAUAUGCAUAUAUAUUUACACGUGUGUGUAGGUGUACAUGUAUGCAGAGUAACAAACCAACAAAAAGUGUCAGGUACUCUUGGAUGUUCUUUUGUAAAAGUACUUAAACUUGCCUCAGUGAUAUUUAGCCACAGGACACGUACAGCAGAGAGUGUUUCGCGAAGUGACAGCUUAGCACUUGAGUUCUUGUACCAGAACAGUAUGUACAGAUUCCUUUUUUAGUGCCACUCUCUUCAGAGGGCCCCUUCGCUAAAUGUAUGUUAUGGGUGACAAUGUCAUGUUGCAGGUUCAACGUAUUGUACAUAGAGAAAAGGCAGGGACAAGGGGGAUGGGUCAAGGUUGAUAAAUAUUGUUGAUUUCACACAAACAAAACUGUUAUGCAAGAAUUUUGAGGGAUUGUAUAGAUAUACAGUACGUGCAGGUUCCUGUGUUAAGUUAUGGGGGAGUGGGUGUUUCAGGACCUCCAAAGGAAGAAAAAAAAAACUCUCCUGCUGAAGGAAGGAAAGAAUCAAUAGCAGGACAGAGAGGUGUUGAGUAGAUGAAGGAUUUUAAAUUAAGAGCCAUGUUACUUCAUUCUGAUGAAAUUUAAAACUUAGGACUUUCAUUUGUUGUUCAGUAUUAAAAGAAGAAAAAGAGAAAAAAAAAUGUAUGAUAUACUUGCUUAUAUUUUCAUAUUAAAAAGAAUACAAUGCAAAGCAUUUUGUGGCUUUUUGUAGUUUAUAAGAGCCAGAAUAUGUUUUGAUAGCUUUGCUUAUCUGAGAAAUGAUAGUAAACGAAUGAGAAAUCUUGGGCUUUUCAACCCUAACCCAUGAAAUAUGAGACAGUGAACCCUUGCUUUGCUCAAUGUUUUUUCUCUCUCUCUCUAUCUCUCUCUCUCUCUCUCUCUCUCUCUCUCUCUCUUUGUAGAAAUUUUGUUUUUAAACGUGUAUUUCUAAGUAUAUUGAAUAAUAAUAUUAAGAAUCUUUUUUAAAAAAUCUGUGAAAUUAAUAUUGCUUGUGUAUAGCUUUCUAAUAUAUGAGUAUAUAUGAUAAAUAAUUAUGGUCAUAACUUUUUUCUUUCUCCCCAGUGUGGGAUUAUGUGCAGAUGCACAUGUUAAUUGUAUUUUUUUCUUCUACUUUUUUUUUUUUUUCCUCCACCGGACUGAGUCUUUCAGGGGCAAAUAAGUUCAGAACGUCAGUUUCAAGUUCCUCUUUUAGACGGACUCAUGAAUAUGCCCCAUGGCUCCUUUUUUUGGACUUUUAAUAAGCACAAGAUAUUUGUCUAGAUCUUCUCACAACCUCUCUGCUUUUAAAACUAAAAACUCAUAAUUUCCAAUGUCACAUUGAUUGACAUUGCACUGAAAAAUUCAAAUAUAAGACAGCACAGUCAUAAUUACCUCAUGACUGCUUGUGUAAGCUUGUAUCAUCAUUUAGUGGAUUGUGGCUAGUUUUGUUAAAUUUAUAUUAAUCUGUCAUUGUACAGUCUGUGAUAUUGACACGACAUUUGUUAGUCUGUUUUUUUCUACCAAAGACGAAAAAUGAUGUUAUGUCUGCCGACCCAUUAUCCUUUCUGGAUUUGAGACCAUUGUGUUUCUUCACAAGUUGUUCAUGCUUGUGGCUGGUACCUCUGACUCACCCUCCCAGUGCCUCAGAUUACCUUUCAAUGAGUUGGUUUUGUUGAGAAUCGGGAGUGAUCAUCCCUAAAAUGUGUACAGUAUUGUGGAAAAAAUGACAUUGUUUGUUAUAUAGAUUUCAAAUGUCCAUAUAUGGCUCUCCGGUUCUUUUUUAUUUAUUUAAUUUUUUUCUUAUCUUUCUCUCUCUCUCUCUCUCUCUCUCUCUCUCUCUCUCGCGUGUGCGCGCGCGCACACACACACACACUCUUUGUCUUUCUCUCGAGUGUUGUUUCCAUUAAGUAUAUAAAUAACAAAAUAAAAAAAAAUAAAAAAAAAAUGCUGAAAAAUUCUGUAGUACCAAAUGUAGCUUGUAUAAACCUACAAUGGGUAAGUUUGAAAGAAAAGUGUGUCUUUUUGGUUUUAUUUUGUUUUUAACCAGGAGAAAGAGGCUUUCAGCGGCACAAGCUGGACUUUGUCGCCACUUGAAGACAAGAUGUCAUUAAAUUAAAACCACAUCUCUGUAUCUCAAGGGACUUUAUUCAGCUGUAUGUAGUAAAAAUUAAUGUAUGGAUGAAAAAAAAAAAAUUCUCCUGCUGGGACAAAAAAAAAUUAAUAAAAAAAAAAAAAAAUUUGUAUUUUGCAGAGAAUUCAGUAAAGUUACUGGCUUUCUUAUUUACACAGACGUCCUGGUGUGAUUUUUAUUGUGUUCUGUCCCUCUACUCAAUAUAUUUUUGUGAGCGUGUUGUAGGCUACAAUUUACUGAAUUACAUCACACCUAAUUCAUCAAUAUCAGAUUUAUUAUUACGAUGUGUUAUUAUUAUAGCAAAAUAUAUGCCUAUUCUUUUAAGGUUUCCCCAAGGCCUGAGAUCAGAUCAUAGCUUUGAACAAAUGUCAGUACCUUAAAAAUCAAACAUAUUGCAUCACAGAUGUGCUCAUCAUUUGCAAUUUUUAUAAUGAUCUUCAAACACACUAACACACUCAAGGCUUUGUAGCACAUGGUGUUUAGUUAUAGGCAGGUGUAUGAUAUUCCAGAGAAAUUGUUAAUUCAUCAACCGAUGGUCAACACUUGAUGAUGAAUCCAAUUUUAGGUCAUAUUCCUCAUGCAUUCAUCUACCUAAUUGCACAUGUUUUACUAUAAACCAUUUACAGAAAGUAAUGUUGAACACAUAUACUGUUUGACAUUGAUGCUAUCAUGUGGAUGUGGAAUAAGCCCAUUUGUUGGUUGCAAAAUAUACACAUUAGUGUGUGAGUUCAGCUAGAUGUAAGCACUUCUCCACUUCUUUUAAUAUUGUUUCAUAUUCAAUUCAUAUUACAUUACAUUACAUUAUACUAUAUAAUAUUAUAUUAUAUCAUAUUAUAUUAUUCCCUAAGCAGGAGGGGAUUUUUAUCUAAUCUUUUCUGGGAAAUAUGUUAGUUCCUGAACAUUAAGCUAAUAUAUCUAUUUGCUGACAUUCCAACAAUGGAGCUCUCUCUCUCUCUCUCUCUGUCUCUCUCUCUCUCUCUCGAUAUAUAUAUAUAUAUAUAUAUAUAUAUAUAUGCGCUCUUAAA